AUGAUGAUGCAGGAGUCGGCCACAGAGACAAUAAGCAACAGUUCAAUGAGUCAAAAUGGAAUGAGCACCCUAAGCAGCAGCCAAUUAGAGGCUGGCAGUAGAGAUGGGAGAUCAAGCGCUGGUGACACGAGCAGCGAAGUAAGCACAGUCGAGCUGCUGCAUCUGCAACAACAGCAGGCCCUACAAGCAGCGAGGCAAUUACUCUUGCAGCAGCCAGGCAGUGGCCUGAAAUCUCCAAAGAGCCAGGACAAGCAGCGUCCACUGCAGGUUCCAGUGUCGGUGGCCAUGAUGAGUCCCCAGGUGAUAACGCCGCAACAGAUGCAGCAGAUCCUCCAGCAGCAGGUGCUUUCCCCUCAGCAGCUCCAGGCCCUGCUCCAGCAGCAGCAGGCUGUUAUGCUACAGCAGCAACACCUGCAGGAGUUUUAUAAGAAACAACAGGAGCAGCUUCAUCUGCAGCUUCUCCAGCAGCAGCACCCUGGCAAGCAGGCUAAAGAGCAACAGCAGCAGCAGCAGCAGCUGGCCGCCCAGCAGCUCGUCUUCCAGCAGCAGCUCCUGCAGAUGCAGCAGCUCCAGCAGCAGCAGCACCUGCUCAACAUGCAGCGGCAGGGCCUGCUCUCGCUGCCAGGGCCCGCUCCCGGCCAAGCCGCCCUGCCCGGACAGACCCUGCCCCCGCCAGCUGGCCUGAGCCCCGCAGAGCUCCAGCAGCUGUGGAAGGACGUGACCGGAGGUGGCGGUCACAGCAUGGAGGACAACGGCAUCAAACACAACAACAGCGGCAACGGCAACGGUAACGGCAACGGCGGGAGUGGCGGCGGUUUAGACCUCUCCACCAACAACUCUUCUUCAACUACCUCCUCCUCCAAUCCCGCCAAAGCAUCACCGCCCAUCUCUCACCAUUCCAUCGCCAACGGCCAGUCCCCCGCCCUCAACCACAGAAGAGAUAGUUCAUUACAUGAAGAAAGUGGAGGGACCCACCCCCUGUACGGUCACGGUGUGUGUAAGUGGCCCGGCUGUGAGAACAUCUGCGAGGACUUCGGACAGUUUUUGAAGCAUCUAAACAGUGAACAUGCCCUCGAUGAUCGGAGCACAGCUCAGUGUCGAGUCCAGAUGCAAGUCGUACAGCAGCUGGAAAUACAACUUUCUAAAGAACGUGAGCGUCUUCAGGCGAUGAUGACCCACUUGCACAUGCGGCCCUCGGAACCGAAGUCAUCUCCCAAACCACUCAACCUGGUGUCCAGCGUCACCAUGUCCAAGAAUUUGCCCUCAGCAUCACCCCCCAACUUACCUCAGACACCCACCACGCCCACAGCACCGAUCACGCCCAUGGCCGCCAUGCCCCAGGUGCCAUCAGUACUGGGAGGAGCAAACGUCCCCAGCAUGGGAGCCAUGCGCAGACGCCACUCGGACAAAUACUCCAUGCCUCUGUCGUCAGAGAUUGCCCCAAACUACGAGUUUUAUAAGAACGCAGAUGUCAGACCGCCAUUUACUUAUGCAACCCUCAUAAGACAGGCUAUCAUGGACUCUGCCGACAUGCAGUUAACGCUUAAUGAAAUCUACAGCUGGUUCACACGCACAUUCGCCUACUUCAGACGCAAUGCUGCAACUUGGAAGAACGCAGUGCGCCACAACCUCAGUCUGCACAAGUGCUUUGUGCGCGUGGAGAACGUGAAGGGGGCGGUGUGGACGGUAGAUGAGGUGGAGUACCAGAAACGCAGGUCGCAGAAGAUCACAGGAAGCCCAUCGCUUGUCAAGAACUUGCCCUCCAGUCUUGGUUAUGGAACUGCACUAAACGCCAGCUUACAGGCUGCCCUGGCAGAGACCUCCCUGCCUUUGCUGGGGACCCCCGGCCUCAUGAACAGCAGCUCCACGGGUACGCUGAGCGGCAGCCCCCCCACCCUGUUGCAGUCCGCCCAUGAGGAGCUCAACGGCUCGCUCGACCACCUGGACACCAACGGACACAGCAGCCCCGGAUACUCCCCACCAGUACACAUGCCACCCGUUCACGUGAAGGAGGAGCCACUCAAUAUGGAUGAUGACGACUGUCCGAUGUCACUGGUGACGACAGCCAAUCACAGUCCAGAGCUGGAGGAGGACCGGGAGCUGGAGGAAGGGAACUUAUCAGAAGACCUCGAGUGA